UAUAGAGAUGGUUGGAAAUUUCGUGACAAAUGAAACAACUACAUACAUGCUCCUUCCUUCCAAACAGAGCUCAGUUUCCUAAAAAAAUAGAAAGCAGAGCUAUGUUGUUUUGUUGAAUUGCGUAUAAGAGAAAGUAGGAGGGGUGGGAGAGGAGUAAAUGGAGGGGAAUAGAUGCAUAAGGGGGUGCUGCACCAGCAAUUCCAUCCCUCUUCACCUCCCUCCUUCUUCUUACGCCCUCCUUUCCCCUAUUGCCCGGGGGGCCGAGAGUGUCGUCUACGACGGACUCCUCCAUGGCGAAAGAGUUGCUGUUAAGAAGCCCAUUCUCUCCACUUCCCAGGCCAUUCAUAAUUUCCACAAGGAGCUUCAACUCUUAUGCACAUUGGAUCACCCGGGAAUCGCCAGCCUCGUUGCUGCUCAUGCAAAACCUCCCAAUUACAUGUUCUUCUUCCACCUCUACCAAGGCGGCAAUCUUGCUGACAAACUACAUGUCCAUGAAUGGAAUCCCAGUAUUCAUCAAGUACUCCUCAUCGCGCUUCACCUCGCAAAAGCUUUGCAAUAUCUGCAUAACCUAGGGAUUCUGCAUAGGGAUGUCAAGCCAGCAAAUGUUCUUCUCGACACAAACCUUUGUCCGCACCUAGCAGACUUUGGCUUGGCAGAAUACAGACACAAUCUAAAACAAGUUUCUCUUGAGAAUUGGAGAUCCUCGGGAAAGCCCACCGGUGGUUUCCACAAAAAGAACAUGGUUGGUACACUCAUUUAUAUGCCCCCUGAAAUUUUGAGAAAGGAGAUGCAUACCGAAAAAUCAGAUGUCUACAGUUUUGGGAUAUUGGUCAAUGAGCUUCUAACCGGAGUUGUCCCAUAUACUGAUCUUCGUGCAGAAGCUCAGGCCCACACUGUUCUGGAGAUGAAUUAUACAGAACAGCAACUUACAGCAGCAGUGGUUUCUGGUAACCUGCGACCUGCUCUUGCUGGUCCUGAGUCCGGGGCAUCAGCAGGCAUGCUCUCAUUGAUACAGAGGUGCUGGGAUGAAAAUCCUCUUAUUAGACCUUCUUUUACUGAUAUUAUUUUGGAACUCGGUUCCAUUUUGGAACAAACACAGAAAACAACGGGAGAAAAUCUAGCCAUUAGUGAAUCUACCAUUUUACAGGGUGAUCAGUGCAUUGAUGGUGACAAUAACCUUCAAUUCCGUGAGAGUAUUAACUGGUCUGCUCAGGGAGAACAAAUAUCAAAGAAUACUUUGUUAGCAGUUGAUUUAAGUUUGAGAAAUUGGCUCGAUUCUUCUAGUGAUCCUAAUCCUAUGGAUUAUCAUCCAGUACUUUCUUGGGGAUCCUUUGCUACAUGUGGGAAAAGGGAAACUAUGGAGGAUAGGCACUUUCUUUUGCCCCACAUGUGCGGAGAAAAGGAUGUCCAUGUUUUUGGCAUCUUUGAUGGUCAUAGAGGUGCAGCAGCUGCUGAGUUUUCAGCUCAAGCUUUGCCAGGAUUUUUGCGGAGUUUAGGUUAUGUAAAAAGUCCUACCAGUGCAUUAUCUGAAGCAUUCAUCAGUACAGACAUUGCAUUCCGAAGUGAACUAGAUUCUCUUCGUAAAUUACGAGGAAUUAUUCAGAAAGAUUGGCAUCCUGGUUGCACUGCCAUUGUUGCUUUAAUAGUUCAAAACAAACUUUUUGUUGCCAAUGCUGGUGAUUGCAGGACAAUUUUAUGCAGGUCUGGCCAUGCCUUUUCUCUGAGUAAGGAUCAUAUUGCAAGCUGUCUUGAGGAGAGGGACCGUGUUGUCAGCGCAGGGGGACAAGUAAAAUGGCAAUUUGAUACUUGGAGGGUGGGCUCUGCUGCACUCCAGGUCACGCGUUCCAUUGGUGAUGAUGAUCUAAAGCCUGCAGUUACUGCAGAACCGGAGAUAACCGAGACGACUCUGUCGCCGGAGGAUGAAUUUUUGGUAAUUGGGAGUGAUGGACUAUGGGAUGUUGUGAGCAAUGAGGAGGUGAUAGAGUUAAUAAGGGACACAGUGAAAGAAGGUGGAAUGUGCUCCAAGAGAUUGGCAACAGAGGCUGCACAGAGAGGUAGCAAAGAUAACAUCACUGUCAUUGUUGUCUUCUUGCGCCCUGUUUCUACUGCUCACAGAAUUUACUAGAUCACUACCCCACUUUAAUUACUAGUGUAAAUCCAUAAAAGAGAGGGUUAAUUAAAAAUACUCAUUUAAAAGUACAUGAGGUUUGAUUUAUUUAUUUUUCUUGUAUAAAAUUUUAUUAUUUUAUUUUCUUA